AAAGCAAAUUUUGGAUAUAGCACUGACCCUGUUUGCAGACUGUUGAAAUAAGCAACUUCCACAAAAGGGAGUGGAAGAAACGGUUCUGUUAAAAAUGGAUAGAAAAGGUAGCACUCGAUUACAUGCGGGGAGAAAGACUCGGUUAACUCUUGAGGACUUUUCUACACCAAUUAUUUUCAACUUUUACGAUCCUAUACCUGAAAAUAAUCCUGUUGACAGAGUUUUGUCAUUCUGGAAACAUGAUGUUUCUAUUACAGAAGAAAUCCAAAAAGCACAGAGAGGUGAUGUUCAAAUUGGUAGCUUUCCUCGUCUUACUAUACACACAUUUUUACCAGACAGGACUUUUGUUUCCCCGUAUUGUCCAUUUAUCCUCUUAUGACUAAGCUCAUUUGACCUUUGUGCCUUAUCAUGGAUAUCAUUCAAUAUUAGAUGGUCUGUUCAUGCAACGAAGAACUUUACUAUGGCGUGGUAGUCAAAAAAUCAAUCUUUCCAUAACAUCUCUGAAUAAAAACAUUCGAGUUGACUCUAUCAAAGUUUGUGUCACAGCCAGUCUUUGCUAUAUUUAUAGUAACCAACUUGUUUAUCUCUUUAUGCACUGACGCAUUUCAUGUUCUGGGUUCUAUUAGCCUCGAAUACGGAUACUUUUUUGUAUUCAAAACAAUAUUCAAGAGAUUCAAAGCGAGUUGCUUGAAAUAAUUCUUACAAAAUGGGGUACAGCUGAGAAAUAGAUUUCCAAGUAGAAACUGCCUAGGCAAAUGCAUUCGAAUGAAAUGGAAAAAGCUAUCUCAAUAAACUUUAUCACAAAGUUUAAUGAAGAGAGAUAACAAUUUUUGCAAGACCUGGCGAGAGACUCCUUUGAGUAGACCUGUACACAAACGUGGAAAGAUCGUACUUGCAACCUCUGCGCCAAUAAGCCUACCACCAGGUAUACAAGCGACA